AUGGACGUAUAUGUCCAGAUCACAGGCCUGGACUCAGGAAAGACGCGCGGAGUUAAGGCGCUACUCGACAGUGGCUGUAGCACCUGCUGCAUCAAUACCGACUACGCGCGGGCAGAGAAGCUGGACAUCCAAGAACUUCCCCAACCCAUUGUGGCUCGUAACGCCGACAACACCGAAAACAUCAGCGGCCGGAUCACGCAUUACGUUGACCUAAGGAUGAGAAUCGGUCCUCACGUGGAGACACGCACGUUCCUUCUGACGUGCUUAGGGAAGGCCCGGAUCUUCAUUGGUCUUGACUGGCUGACGGAACACAACCCGGAGGUGGAUUGGCAGGAGCAGACAAUGAGAUUCAGUCGAUGCCCAGAGCGUUGUCCAUGA